AUGUCCCUCCUCCCAUCGAAACAACCAAACAUCGAACUCUUCACGACAGAAUGCUACGGUGGCCCAAAGCAAUAUGACAAAUUCCCCGCGAAUCCUAACACGCAUGUCUUCUCGAUUAUAGCGGAGUUGUUCUCCCCGCAUUCUCGCGGUAGCGUUACGCUAUCUUCGAAAGAUGGACGUGCAAACCCUGUCGUCGAUUGUAACUACUUGGACCAUCCGCUGGAUAUGCUGGUUUUGUCCGAGGGCGUGCGGUUUGCGAAUGAGAUUAUUAUGAAUGGGGCUGGGACGAAGGGGAUUAUUAAGGGGUCUUGGCCGGAGGGACUGGGGUAUGGGACGCCUGGGGAGGGGUUCACGACGAGGGAGGAUUGGGUGCCAUAUGUUAAAGAACAUGCUACUACUUGCUACCAUGCUGCCGGGACUUGCGCUAUGGGUAAGGGUGAUAAUCCUAUGGCGGUGCUGGAUAAUAAGCUGCGCGUGCGUGGGGUUGCGAACCUUCGCGUGGCAGACUGCAGUAUCAUGCCUACUCUUCACGGAGGACACACCCAGAUGCCUGCGUACGGUAUCGGCGAGAAGUGCGCGGACCUGAUCAAGGAAACUUGGUCAAUGAACAAUAUGGGCCAGGGUUUGCAUGCUGUGUUAUAG